GCGCUUACACGUCUUCCACAGGGCAGCCUGAACUGAAGCUCUGUACAAUCACACAGCUCGUCCCUCCAUCAUAAUACAUACACACAUCCCGAAUUCCAGCUUUCCAACCACAACUCUCAACGAGUAAUUUCAAACCUUCGACUCUGUCCGGAAUCGACAAUUCGAACAUUUCACUCUACUUGGUCUCUAAAUUACAAACAAGAUAAAUAAUUCAUCAUGGCAAUGCGCAUCGCCCCCGCCGCCUCCCACACCAGCACGCACACCCUCCUCCAAGAAGCCUCCCUCGGUGCGCCCUCGGCCCCUGGUCUCCACGACACCCUCCGCCACGGAGUCGGUCCAAAACAAAGCAGCUCACUCUCCAGCCUCCCCGACUCCACACACCCACUCGAAUCGCGUCUCAAGAAAUGGGAAUCCACGCAAGAAGCCCUCAAGAUGGCCUCUCUGCGUCGCACUUUUGGCAUGAGCGAGCCCAUCCGCAGAGGUAUGGAAUUGAAGAUUACGAGAGAGGGCGAAUGGAGACCGCUUGCGCUUGGAGGUGGUGGUCCGGGACUCCACGAGGAAAUCCUACGAGGAUCCGACACGACGAUUAGCUGGGAAGAUGUAUUCAAAGGGGACGAGACAAGGACACUACCCGGUUUCCACGAGGAAGUGGAGAGGAAGGUUAAGAUGGGUUUCUAAAUUAGAUGUGGGAUUUCUAUCUCUCUAUUCUGACUCUGAAUUACGAUGGGGUGAAAGGUGUAUGUGGAUUUAAUACAAGCAAUCGAGUGUGAUGGACGCAUAAGUUCAUCUUGCAAUGAGAAUGAAAUUCAUGAAUGGUAGCUGGGCAUCUGGAGAGGAGAAAAGAAGAGAGCUACUUGCUUGCUUGCUUGCUUGUAUUUUCAUCUUCAUAUCACACAAACACCAAAUCUAAAUGUGACAACGUUGAAUGAACAAUACCAUGCCGUACCA